AUGCAACAAUCUAUUCGUUUCGUAUUGUGUUUCCUCUUAAUUGCCACAACUUUCGUCUGUGGUCAAUUCUCAGCUUUGGACAAGCCAGUUCAUGAAUUAUCCUUGAUUCAAAAGAUUAAUUCUGAUUCCUCUAUCAGAUGGAAAGCAACCACUUACAAGAAGUUUGAAGGAAUGACCCUUCGUGAAGCUAGAAAGUAUUUGGGAACUGUCAUUAUUUCACCAAUCAAUAAUUUGCCAAAGAAAAAGAUGCCAAAGAAUUUGAAAGCUGCUUCUCAUUUCGAUGCUAGAGAAAAGUGGGAGGAUUGUAUUCAUGAAAUUCGUAAUCAAGAAGAAUGUGGUUCAUGUUGGGCUUUCUCUGCAUCUGAAGCCUUCUCUGAUAGAUUGUGUAUUGCCACCAAUGGAAGUGUCAAUAUUGUCUUGUCUCCUCAAUAUAUGGUCUCUUGUGAUGCAACUGAUUAUGGUUGUGAUGGUGGUUACUUGAAUAAUGCUUGGAAUUUCUUGGCAAAUACUGGUAUUCCAUCUGAUGAAUGUGUUCCAUAUCAAUCUGGUAGUGGUCAUGUCCCAUCAUGCUCCAAGCUUAAUAAGAAGUGUCAAGAUGGAUCUGACAUUAAAUUGUACAAGGUCAGCAAAAAGUCAAUUGCCAAUUUGGACAGUAUUGAAGAUAUCCAAAAGGAUAUUCAAGAGAAUGGAUCAAUACAAUCAGGCUUCUCCGUAUACAAGGACUUCUUCUCCUAUAAGUCAGGUGUCUAUCAUCAUGUCACCGGUUCUUUGGCAGGUGGACAUGCCAUUAAGGUAAUUGGUAAGUAA